GGUCCAGACGCGGGGUUGGCUGACCCGGGGCGGGGCCUCUGCGCGCGUGCGCAGUGCGUCCGGGCUGGGCGGAACCAGGGUCACCCUGAGCCACAGACGGCGCCGCGAUGCUGAGCAGGUUCCUGGGCCCGCGCUACCGCGAACUGGCCAAGAACUGGAUUCCCACAGUGGGCAUGUGGGGCACCGUGGGUACCAUAGGGCUGGUGUGGGCCACCGACUGGCGGCUGAUUCUGGACUGGGUGCCCUACAUCAACGGCAAGUUUAAGGACAACUAAACCUACCCUCCUUGGACCUCUCUGGUGGCUGGUGGCGAUGUCUGCUGCGUCUAGAACAACGUGAGCCCUCAGCACAGACCUCAAGGAGGUCCACAGCGUGACUUAGGACUUUCUAUAGUUUCCGAAAAUAACUUUGAUGUGAGUGUACACAGCAUUAAACUUCACUUUGAAACCUG